CUGGGUACGAGAUUGCUAAAAUUUGUAGUAAGACACAUCAAUAAUGUCUGGUUCCAGUGGAAUCAAAUCGUUUAUUACCGAGACAGAAGUAGAGGAGGUUCGCCAGAAGCGACAAGAAGAAUGGGAAAAAGUGCGCAAGCCAGACGAUCCUAUCGAGAGACCAGAGGUAGAGCUAGAUAAUCGUACAUUAUUUGAGAAACUACAAGAACAAAAAGACAAGAAACAGGAGGAAUGGGAAGAACAACAUAAAUUCAAAAAUAUGAUAAGAGGACUUGAAGAUGACGAGACUGAGUUUCUAGAUCUGGUGGCAAAGCAACAACAAGAGAUAAACAAAAGAAGAUUUGAAGAGGAAAAUAAAGAAAUCAAGAGUUUCAGAUCAGCAGCAUCAGAAUUGGACAGUUCUACAAUUGUUCAGGCAAAACCAACAGUAAAAAGAGCAACUCAAGUGACUGGCAAAAAAUCACAGAUGGAUCUCAUUGCAGGUGGAAUCAAGAGACGAAAAAGUUCAAGUAGUAGUGACACAACUCCUGAGAAGAAACCAAAAACUCCUGCAGAAAUUAAUGAGAAUAUGUCUGAUUCAAAAAACAAUACAAGUCAACAAAAUUCUUCUGUUACAAAYGAUGAUAGAGYGUCGUUAUCUUCAGAUGAAGAACAUGAGCCCAAUAAGGUGUUUAUUCCAAGGUAUCGUGUUGAACGUCUUGGAGCAAGACAUACACAAACCAUCCCUGGUAUGGGAAUAUAUUCAGACUCCAGUGAUUCAGAAUCAUCAUCAAGUGAUUCAGAGAUAAUUUCAACUAGUUCAUUUGUAAGAUAUCAUCCACAUUAAAGUAUUUUAUCAAUAUCCAUGUAUUAUACUAGGAAACCAAGGCCUCAUCCAUGUGCAUCCAGAGAUUUGAAUCACUAUUUUUUCUUUCUGACCACAAUCAUCAGUACAUACUGUGACUGCAGAACUUUUGUGUGUAAGAAAAGUUUGUGAAGUGUAAGUUGUGCAAAUGCACAUGGAUUAUGGUAUAUAGAUAAGAUUGGAGAGUACUUGGUACUUCCAUAGGAUAAAUACAAUGUCAUUGAAAAAAAUAAAACAUGUCAUGUUACA